AUCUGAUUAAACCUGCAGCAGCAGAGCAGCGACUGCAGAACAAAGAGGGAACCAGCAAACCUCCACCUUCACCAAGGAUGCAGAAAUCAAAGAGCCAAUACGACUCCUUCCUGUUCUGGAGGCAGCCAAUCCCGGCCCUCGACCUGUCGGAGCUGGAGGACCUGGGUCUGACUGGCAGCCCGCCGGCCAAUAGCGUCCAAGGAAAGGAGACGUCGUCCUCACCGAGGCGUCAGAACGAGGAGGGUGAGAUGACUGAGUUUUCCUCCUUUAAUUAUUGGAGAGCUCCGAUCGGCGACGUCGACGCUCUGCUGGCCGACCUGAACCUUCUGCUCUGAAACACAACGCUCCAUCAGCUGACCUCUGACCCCAGAUCACCUGACCCCUGACAUCCCCUGACCUCUGACCCCAGAUCACCUGACCUCACCAAAAUAAGAGCGUGGUUUUCACAAUAAAGCAGAGCAGACAGAGGUCUGCAGAGACUGAUCCUGGUUCAGAUUAAACUCCCACAGCUUUGUGUCUGAUUGUGAUUCAUCCUCUGAACAUUUAUUUAAUAUCAACAGUGUUAUAACCUGGAGUCUGUAUCGCAAUGUGAGUCCAGCUUCGUCCGGCUCUCUUUGGGUUUCCUGUCUAAAUUAUAACUAUUAUAUCUAUAAUAACAAUAAUAACUCCCAUCAUGAAGUUGAACAUCAACAAGAGAACAAAUCAUUGAUGAAACAUGCAGAAAUACCAAAAUCAAAACAACUGGAAAAGAAUAAAACAACCAAAUAUUUCAACAAAGACGAUAAAAUGUUAAAAUAGUUUGAAACGUUUUAAAGUGUAAACAAAGUGAAUGUUGUGAAGCUUCUUCUCUCAGCUGAAGUCUGAAACAUACAGAGGACAGUGAACGCAGCAUCCGCACCUUUACACGUUAUGAUUAUCGGUAAUAAACAGUUUCACUGAUGUGUCAUCGUGAUUUGAUCGAGUGACAUAUAUUAAUAAUGUAUCAAUAAUCUCUUUGUGUUUAACAAGCUUCAUGAAACUGAGUCGAACUCACCGUGUGAUACAGAUCCCAGAUCAGCUCCUUCUUCUCUCCACGCCACCUGAUCUCAGACCUGAUCUCAGACCUGAUCCUGAAUCCAGAUUGUGAUCAGAGGAUUUGAACUCCUUCUGAAUGGACAAAAUAUUAGAAACACGAUUGAUCUUUUUCUGAUCGAGUGAAUCAGCGUUUCUGUGAAAAUGAUUCUCACUGAUUGAAGAAAUGUUUUUGUGUCACAUUAAUUUAUUUAUUAAUUUAUUUAAAGGAGGUGAUGCGUUCAAACACCCUCAGACUAAAGUUUUUAUCUGUUUCCAUUUGUGCCUUUUUGUUAUUUAUUUCCUCCUGAGCUGCUUUUUCAAAAGUCACCUUAUUUAUUAAUUAAUUAAUUAAUUUAUUUAUUUAUGUAUUUCUCAUGUUGUUUUCUCAGCCGGCCUCAAACUGGAUCCACCAGAAGAAAAACUACAAUUCAUCUUGUCAGAAUGUAAAACCUGCCAACAAUAAAAGAUA